AUGAGUCAUGUAAGGACUUGUGGAGUUUCCUGUCAAGAAUGCUGCAGCUUCAGAUUGAAACCCAAAACCUACAAGUUCAACAAGCAACUGGGUCAGACUGUCAGAGUCAUAGAAGUCGGCACAUCAGUCUUAAGAUGGCCCGCCGAUGCCUGUUUGCAAGGGACUUGGAAAAUGGCUGCGUAUGAACGUGGAGCAAGUCAAACUCAGCUGGAUUCCCGAUUUGCUGAGCAGGUGGCAUCACAGGCAGAGCAGGCACAAGAGCCAAUGAACUACAAGGAGCCCCUAGUAGCGUCCAAGACUGCAGCAUACGGCCACCCAGUUCAACCCGGAUACCGAGGAGCCCCUAGUAGCAUCCUUGCUCCCACCAGCAGUGGUACCGUGAGACAAUUGAAAAUUGGUCCAACGCAUACCUAG